AUGAGUCAAAAAGCAACAGUGUCAGGAUCUGUUUCUGCAGAGUCCACGUGCAAGCUGAAGGCCAAGUUCAACCUGAGCGGCUAUAAGGAUGUAGAAAAGAAGAAGGUUGUUAUUGGGGGGAUGUUUCCUGUUCACAACCGUAUUGCUUCCACUGAUGGCAACACUUCAAGGGUGCCUGUCUCCUCGGGGUGUGAGGGGUUUAACUUCCGCACCUUCCGCUGGACCCAGACCAUGCUGUUUGCCAUCAACGAAAUAAACGAGAGGAACGACCUGCUGCCCAACACCGACCUGGGUUACGUCAUCUACAACUCCUGCUUCACCAUCUCCAAGGCCGUGGAGGGCACCCUCACCUACCUGACGGGCCAAGACGAGGCCGUACCCAACUACCGCUGCGGGACGGGGGCGCCUCUGGCUGCUCUAGUGGGUGCUGGGGGCUCUGAUCUGUCCAUUGCCACUGCCAGGAUACUGGGACUCUAUCACUUCCCACAGGUCAGCUAUUGUUCAACAUGCUCUGCCCUGGAAAGUAAGUUCCAGUUCCCCACCUUCCUGAGGACCAUUCCCAAUGACAAGCACCAGUCUACAGCUAUGGCCCAGCUGGUGCUGCACUUCGGCUGGACAUGGGUGGGCACCAUAGCUGCAGAUGAUGAUUACGGCAAGUACGGCAUCAAAGACUUCAAGGAGCAGGUGGAGGAAACUGGUGUCUGCAUCUCCUUCUCUGAGACUCUGCCCAAGGUGAGUUCCCCACAGGACAUCCAGCGUAUUGUUGAAACUGUAGUUGAGUCCACGGCCAAGAUCAUCGUGGUCUUCUCAUCAGACGUGGACCUUAGUCCUCUCAUUCUUGAGCUGCUCCGGCACAAUGUGACCAACCGCACCUGGAUCGCCAGCGAGGCCUGGGUCACCUCUGCUCUCAUCAACCAGCCUGGGGUGAGCUCAGUGCUGGGUGGUACCCUGGGCUUUGGGGUGAAAAGGGCUGACAUCCCUGGGCUUCAGCGCCAUCUACUGGACCUGGACCCCUACACUGACCCUCUCACUGAGGAAUUCUGGGAGAAGAUGUUUAACUGCACGCUGGACUAUGGCAAAGCUCUGAGACAGGCCAAACAGAGGGCCAAAGAGGUUAACAGCACACUGUCAAGGGCGGUGAGGGGUGCUCCCGAUGGGCUGUGUACAGGGAGUGAGUCUCUGGCACAGCUCAAUAACACCUACUCUGAUGUUUCCCAGUUGCGAAUCACUUACAGUGUAUACAAAGCCGUGUACGCUGUGGCACACGCCUUGCACAACCUGGAGCACUGUGUGGAUGGACAGGGACCGUUCAGUGGGAACAGCUGCGCUGACAUCAACAACUUUGAGCCAUGGCAGCUGAUGUACUACCUGAAGAACGUGCGUUUCAAAGUGCCGAACACCAACGAAGAGAUCUACUUCGAUGACGGGGAUGUGGAGGGCUUUUAUGACAUCAUUAACUGGCAGGUCAAUAGUAAUGGGGAGAUAUCCUACAUCACAGUGGGACGCUACAAUGGCUCAGCAGCCCCAGAGGACAGGAUGACCAUAACAAAUGACUCCAUCGUGUGGAACAAUGAUGUGCUGGAGCUGAUGUACUACCUGAAGAACGUGCGUUUUAAAGUGCCGAACACCAACGAAGAGAUCUACUUCGAUGACGGGGAUGUUUCGGGCUUUUAUGACAUCAUUAACUGGCAGGUCAAUAGUAAUGGGGAGAUAUCCUACAUCACAGUGGGACGCUACAAUGGCUCAGCAGCCCCAGAGGACAGGAUGACCAUAACAAAUGACUCCAUUGUGUGGAACAAUGAUGUGCUGGAGCCUCCUCGGUCAGUGUGCAGUGAGAACUGUCAGCCCGGCAGCAGGAAAGGGAUCCGGCAGGGAGAGCCAGUCUGCUGUUUUGACUGUAUCCCGUGUGCUGCAGAUGCUCGUGAAUGUAUCCUGUGCGGUGGAGACUACUGGUCCAAUGAUGCUCAUGAUACCUGUGUAUCAAAAAUCAUUGAGUUCCUGGCCUUUGGAGAACCGCUGGGGAUCACUCUCAUCGUCAUCUCUGCCUUUGGAGCAUUGGUUACCAUCGCUGUCGGGGUGGUGUUUGUUGUGCACAUCGGCACGCCUCUGGUGAAAGCAAAUGAUGCUCUACUGAGUUUCUCACUGCUCUUCUCGCUGGUGGUGACCUUCCUCUGCUCCAUCGUCUUCCUUGGAGAGCCUCAGGACUGGAGCUGUAUGACCAGCCAAGUAGCCCUGGCUCUGGGCUUCGCUCUCUGCCUCUCCUCUAUCAUGGGUAAGGCAGCAGUGUUGAUGCUGAGAGCCCAGGCUCUGAAAGCAGCCCGUGCCAGAGCCAAAGCAGCCGCCAAAGCUGCAAAAGCAGCCGCUGAAGCAGCAGCCAACAGCGGAAGUCCUGAUGUCAUUGUAACCAACACAACUAACAACGAAGCCUGUGCUAACCCUGAAGUUGAUAUUCUCACCUGUGCCCACCAGAGGGCGAUAGCUGCUACGGCAACAUUAAUACAGGCUAUCGCAUGCACAGUGUGGCUCGUCGUCUUCCCUCCGUACCCUGUCAAAAACACCUCAGCCCAGAACAUAAAGAUCAUUCUCGAGUGCGAUGAAGGCUCUGUGGUCUUCAUCUGUUGUAUCUUCGCCUAUGACAUCCUGCUGGCUCUGCUGGCCUUCAUCUUUGCCUUCAUAGCCCGAAAGCUGGAGGACCACUUCAGUGAGGCGAAGUGCGUGACCUUCGGCAUGCUUGUCUUCUUCAUCGUGUGGAUCUCCUUUGUCCCAGCUUACCUCAGCACACGUGGAAAGUUCAUGGUGGCUGUCCAGAUUUUUGCCAUCUUGGCCUCCAGCUUCGGCCUGCUGACCUGCAUCUUCCUGCCCAAGUGCUACGUUCUUUUGGUCAAGCCUGAACGCAACACAGAGGAGAUGAUGAGGCCCCGUGCCAAACCCCGCGAUGGGAUCUCGACUGGGAACUCGAUCGGGACCUCGGCCUCACUCGCUACAGCUGCUACGACUGCAUCCACUGCCAUUGAUGAUUAGUGGGGAAAUAAUAAGAAAUAAACUGAGCCACAAAAUUGAAAAUUGCAAAUAAUGUAGAUGGCAGCUGUGCCUCUGCUUCACUGGGCAACUGGUCUAGCUGAUAAGGGUUCCUAGUCUUGUCAUUCACAUUUAUUUUACAGUCAUUUUGUUUGGUCUUACUAAACAGACAGCAUAUAUUAUUUACAAAAUAUUUAUAUUUAUACUGAAUGAGGCGUGUCAGGCCCAAGUCAAGUGUAUCUAGGGUUGAUUUCAAUAAGGAAUAUCCAUGAGGAAAGAAAACUGCUACCUCAACGAUUACGAAACAUCUCAAAAAUGCAUUUUCAAAAACAUAAAAUUGAUGGUGUAUGAGUAAAACACAGGAAAUUUUGAAAGGCUCAUUCUUUAAGAACAAUGUAAUUUCGACUGUACUUUCUUCAGUAUGAUGUCUGACAGUUCUGCUAAAAGAUAUUUUAACAGGUUCAGACUCGUACUGUCAAAGCUGCUGUUGUUUCAGUUUUGGUAGCGGAAAUAAAAUGAAGGCAGCGUUUACCUCAGACAUCUUUCUUCUGUACUUCUAGCUGCAAAUCAGUUCCAAACACAUCGGAGAGUUUUUACAGUUUUACAGUUUUAGUUAAUGAUGUUCCUAUCAAAAUAUUUGUAUACAUUUUUUUAUUACCAUAAUAACCUGUCAGUGUGUGACACAAAUUGGUGUAACUCUGUAAGCACAAGACAUUGUUAUUUUCAGUCACUGUUAUGUGUGUUUUUCUUGUUAAAGCAAUAAAUUCAUCCUA